UAGAGAGCUGAGCGCUGCGCACACAUCACAUUGUACCGGCGGAGGAGCUCCGUGUGAUCGGCGCUGUACAGAUAAUUUCUGGUAAAAAAAAAAGAAAACCCUCUCCUACAAGUCGUCAUGAUGAGGAACACUUGCCAAGCGUUGGCCUCUUGCUUGUUACUGGUUCAGGUGUGGGAAGCGCUGUCCCAGGAGGAAGUGUGCGGCAAAAUGGAUUACCAGGACGACAGCGGGCAGUGUAUGCCUUGCACAAAGUGUCCGCCCGGGAAGGAACCAGAAGGGGUAUGUGGCUUUGGCAUUGGCACCAAGGUUGGAUGCAGGCCCUGUGCCUCUGGCAUGUUCUCCAGCCGUCAUGGAUUGGCCGCCUGUAGUAUGCACACUCAGUGUGACAAGAAAAAGCGGAUAGCGCUGAGAGUCGGUACACCGAAUGCAGAUGCUGUGUGUGGAGACUGCAUACCAAGGCAUUUCCCUCUAGUACCCAAAAGUCCCAACGUCUGUGUCGCUUGUUGGCUGGCUCCUCCAGAAACUGUGGGAUGUGAAGGUGAGAGAACUUUGCGGCCUCGAGCUCCUAGGACAUUAGAGGCUGCCAGUAACGCAGAUAAGGCCUCUCAAAACGGUACGCAUAAAGGUAUGCCGGAUGACUCUCGGACUCAGUAUGCCGUGUUGGCAAUCGUGCCAGUCUUCUGUAUGAUGGGCCUGACGGGCAUUUUCCUUUGUAACCUGCUGAAGAAAAAAGGUUAUCGCUGCACUUCCCAUAAGCCAGACGAGGAGGCUGUUCCUGAGAAAGAAGGCAUUAACCCCUCCAUCCUAUUGGAGGAGAACGGCAAUGAGGACACCAUCGGGGUUCUGGUGCGUCUUAUUACAGAGAAGAGAGAAAAUGCUGUUGCUUUGGAAGAACUACUGAAGGAUUAUCAUAGCAAGCAGAUCCCUACUGUAGGAAGCAAGUCGCCUCCACGCAGAAUGCACCUCCUUCCUCAGAUGCCGAACCUCUGCAAGCACCAGCAUCACCUGCACACAGUCCAGGGCCCGGCGUCCCGCUCCGGCAUGUGCUGCACUCGCUGCAGCCAAAAGAAAUGGCCUAAUGUACUUACCACAUCGCAGUCUGCCAACAACAUAAAACUCAGCAGAAAUCAGUUAAAGACCUCCAGAUCUGGGGAAGUCACCAUCCUUUCCGUGGGCAGGUUCCGUGUGGCUCGUAUACCAGAGCAGAAGACAAACCCUCCAGAUGUGAAGGCCAUUUCUGAAGUUGGUGAGGAUGAGCAAGAUGUCCCCAGCAGUGAGCCUUCUGAGCAAAGAGUGCUGAUGUCGGACACUGUGAAGGCCAAUAACCACAGUCUAGAAGAUACCAGCAAGUUGGAGGAUGUCAUCUGACUCCGCCCAGCUUGCGUGAACAGCCAUUCACCUGCACAGACCCGACUAGCGGUGGGAGGGUCCUCCUGCCGAUCCCAGGAGGUCUCACACGGGCGCACAUUGUGGAGAAUAUGGCGCAGAUCUGUCUACACCCCGCAUUGCACCGCAUUUUACAUUUAGUUUCCUUCAAGGACAAUGACGGAGAAAUUUUCACCCGACGCAAAUGCAAUUCAGGGAUUUCUGCGAGUCUGAGGCAGCGGGAAGUGACUUUCUGAGAGGUCGCUGUUGGUUUUUUCAUGAUCAUGGAGGAAAUAGUCUAUUUUUUACUAAUUGCAGGGAUGGAGAAAUAGACCUUUUUAUUGCAGCUAAUCCGACGCUCUCAAUAUGGAGGCCGGCAUUCGCCAGACCUGGAGGGAACGGAAGACUGACAGCUCGGCCUCCAUCUUCAAACUCUACAAACGUGUUGCUGCUAUUUUACUUUUUAAUUUUAUUGCAUAUGUCGCUAACACAAUAGGCGCUGGUUACGUCUUUACAUGUUACUGAGGGGAAACUUUGCCGCUGGAAUGUGUACUGAAAAAUGUUUGCUGCUCAUAUUUUCUAGUAUAGCAUAGAGCAUGCUGGGAAGUAUAUCAUUUCAGAAGUGUUGGCCAUUCUUCUGAAUUCCCAGUAUUCUUUGGUGCUGGCAUGACUUGCUGCAGGCUGGCAAGGCAUGCUGGGAGCUGUAGCUCUAUAUUACUUGAAGUACCAGCUGCGUACAACUCGCUUAUUAAGUGUCUGAAUGAGGAACAAUUGUAUCCGCUAAUCAUGUGAUUCCUUUCAUUCUCCCAUAAUGCAGUGGGAACUUAAAGGACCCAGGAGCCCCUUUGCAUUUUCACAUGCGGCCCCUCUUCCUGUAAGGCAGGCCUGCUAGGCAGGCUUGCUUUCCUGUAAAGCCCUGUACACACAGCCCAGAAUCUCAUCAGGAAAAAA